ACCCACUCUCUAGCUAGUUGCUGCAGACUCCUCUGCCUGUCGUAGUUGAGUAAACUACAUAGACAUUAGCGGGCGCACAGAAUGCAGCACAGCCGAACACGAGUGGAUUAAAACGGUAUGCUUCUUUAGAGUCAGUCAGUCGACCGUUUAACUAGAGGAAUAAACCCCAAAUACUUUCACACAUUACUUUACGCUAAUUUACUGAAACGUUAAGCCAGGUAGCGGUAACCCAGUAGUGCAUUGUGUAAUAAAGAGAGAUCGGCUGGAAUGGCUUCAUCUCCUUGCAGCAGUGUUAACUUUGAUUCCGGACUGGAAAUCAAAACUCGGUCGGUGGAACAAACACUUAUCCCAUUGGUCUCGCAGAUCACCACCCUGAUCAAUCACAAAGACAAACCAAAGAAGUCUGAGCGGACGCAGCAGGCCAUACAGAGGGUGGGCCAGGCUGUUAGUGUUGCUGUGGGUCGCUUCGUUGCCGUGGGCGAGGCCAUUGCUGUGGAGAACGAGGAGCUGAAGGAGGAGAUGGGCAUGGCCUGCUUCGAGGCCCGCAGAGCAGGGGAUGCCAUAGCCCAGCUGACAGACGUUGGGACUGCGGUGACUCCCCCUGUGGACGGACGCACAACAGUGUUCAGUGACCGGACAGGCAUGGUGAAGGCCGCCCGCAUGCUCCUCUCCUCCGUCACCAAAGUCCUGGUCCUCGCAGACCGCAUCGUUAUCAAACAGAUCAUCACCUCACGCAACAAAGUGCUAGUAACUUUGGAGCAGCUGGAGAGAGUGAGCACCUUCCAAGAGUUUGUCCAGAUCUUCAGCCAGUUCGGGAAUCAGAUGGUGGAGUUCGCCCACCUGACCGGGGACAGACAGAAUGACCUGAAGGAUGAGAAUAAGAAGGCCAGGAUGGCAGCAGCCAGAGCAGUGCUGGAGAAAUGCACCAUGAUGCUGCUCACUGCGUCCAAGACGUGUCUCAGACACCCUGACUGCGAGUCGGCACGCAUCAACAAAGACGCCGUGUUUCACCGCAUGCGUUUCGCCCUGGAGCAGGUCAUGGAGAUCGUGACGGACGCUCGGCCCUGCGGGGAGACCAAGGUCCUUCCCCUCAGCAUUUACACCGGCAUCAAGGACUUCAAGUCAAACGUGGAAGGUCUGCGUGAGGGUCUGUACUUGCUGCCCCACCAGGCUCUGUCUGGCCAGCUAGAGGCGGUGGUGGAGAGGACGGAGGACUUCACUGACUCGGCCUACACCAGCCACGAGCACCGAGAGGGCAUCCUGCAGCUCUGCCAGCUCGCCCGCCAGGACACUGACCAGCUCAUCACAGACUGGAUGGAGGCAAAGCAGUCUCUAAAUGCUAAAGAGGCCACGGAGGAGAUGGAGCUGUCUAUACUGAAGACCUGCCAAAGUGUCUACGAACUCCGCAGAGAGCUUCAUAAGGUGGCGGUGGGGCGGGCGGCGGACCUGCUGAAGCUGCACGCGGAACACCUGCCUCUGCGGGCCCUGAAGGCCUCGGGGGGCGAGGGCAACCUGGAGGCUGUGGCAGAGUACGCCCGGACGCUCGGCGAGCAGAAAGAACAGCUGGUGGAGACUUGUCGUCUGCUGUGUCACGUCUCGGGGACAGAGCCUCUGGAGAUCACCUGUAUACACGCUGAGGAGACCUUCCACGUCAUCGGCCCGCAGAUCAUCUCUGCAGCCCAGACGCUGGCCCUGCACCCAUCCAGUAAGAUUGCCAAGGAGAACCUGGAUGUGUUCUGUGAGGCCUGGGAGUCCCAGCUCUGUGACAUGGCAGUGCUGCUAAGGGAGAUCAACGACGUGUUCGAGGGCCGCCGAGGUGGGGCUGCCAGUGGUGAUAAGAGAGCCUACGUGUCGCUUCCCAGACCAGGGAAACAUUCAGCCAACCUGAAGACGGUGAAGGCAGUCAAGCUAGAUGCAGAGGAGCAGAGCACCAUAGCCAAGCUGGGUCUAGAGCUCCGUCUUCUGACUUCAGACAUGGACACGGAGGUGGAGAAGUGGGAGGACCAGGAGCAUGACAUCGUCCGCCAGGGCCAGAGCUUGUCCAGCAUGGCCUACUCCAUGUACCUCUUCACCAGGGGGGAGGGCCUACUGAAGACAACCACGGAUCUUUUCCAUCAGGCUGAGGUGCUUUCUGAGGAGGGACUCCAGCUGUGUUCUUCACUACACACUUUCUCCACCCAGCUGAUGGAUGAACAGAAGGUGGUAGUGCUUUCGGAGAUGGAGAAGCUUAUGGGCUUAUGCCAGCAGCUGCAGAUGGGGGUGAGGACGCCAGUACAGGGCAAGACUGCCACCUUCCAGAAGGUGGAUUCCUCCAUUCAGAACACUAGAGCCAUCAUUACUGUGGUGAUAUACCUCCUGCCAGUCUGUAACAAGAUUGUCAGAAAGCAUAAGUCAGAGAGAAGCAGUCUGGGUUCUCCACAAAGCUGGAGGGAUAGGCAGUCGUCCACGGCAGUCAAAGACGAUGUGCUCAACGGCAAGAACAGCAACGGCUUCGGGGUCAAAUCCCUGGAGCAGCAUAUGGCCAACCUCACCUUCCUGGAGAGCAAGUAGUCCAGUCCAGCGACCUUUGAUCCCUAACCUGUAUCACCUAUCAGAGUUGGAGCGUACCAUUGUCGACCACCAGGGGGCGACAUACAUGAAACGUCACUCACGCAGGCAUAAUGGCAGUGCACCCACCACUCACACGUGCCUCUGUCAGUGUAAUCAGCCCAUUUGCUUUGUGGUGUAACUGUUACCUGUAGCACAUCUCUGCCAAAUACAGCAGAUGUAUGAACAAAUAUUUAAAAAAAUAUGCUGUAAUGAAAUCCAUCGCCAGUGCAUGAUGCCAUCACCUGACAGGUCUUUGAAUCUCCUUUUAUCAAUCCCUGUGAUUUGGGCUGUUAAACCAGCUUUCUGAUUGCCUGAUCCCAGAUCAGGUUUGGCUGUCUUAUCAACUCCUAUGGCCAUUGUCAUGAGGAGUUGGCAGGACAGCCCAAACAGAUCUGGUAACAGACCAGUUUCUCUCACUGUUGUACGCCAACCAAAUCCCAUCAUGGUUUAGUAAUUAUUGAGUGAAAUCAAUGCUCUCACUUUGAUGCCAAAUAAGAGAGUAAAUGGAUGGUUUAAUCAGGGUAUUAUGACACUUGGCUUGCUAAUAGACUGAAACAUAAGGCUCUUAUUAUUGCUCCAUUUCAGCAGAGGCGGAGACAAUAUUGAAUCACAUUCAGUGUUUGUGGUAUACUGUUUUAUGCAUUUUUCAGAAGACAUGUAAAAGAUUGCUGGCCUAGCGCAUGAGUCAAAUCAACUGUGGUUUUGUAGCUGUUCCUUAUGAAGUGUACUUGUAAUUAAGGUUAUGUCCCAAAUGGCACCCUAUUCAGUGCACUACUUUUGACCAGCGCCCAUAGGUCUCUGGUCAAAAGUAGUGCACCUAGUUUCGCCAAAUAUUUUGGCCCGCGACCCCAUUUUGGUCAGAAUUUUGAAAAAAUGUAUGUAAUCAAUGUCUGUUUACUUUAUUAAUUGGGGCAAUGACAGUAUUACAAAUCAGUCUGACACUACUUUUGACAGUAUUUCAAUCUAAAGUAUGGUUUGAAGUGACUGAAAUGAAUCUUCUGUCUAGAGAAGAACAUCAUGUUAUUUUCCCCCCUGAUUUAGUGCCUGUUCUAAUUAGUCCUGUGUGGCUUGUGGGCAUUGUAGGUGUUCCUGAGAGUCUUAUCUUUCAGUGAUGGGGUCAUAAUAUUUUAUAGCUUAAACCAUUCAAAAAGACUGAGCCACAUUUGUAGGAAGAAAACAGAAGCAUUAUUAUAACUGCAUCUAGUGGCUACCGGAAGUUACUGAUGUGACCCCUGUUCUAUGAACCAAGCUCAAUUUAUUUUCUUUUUUUCCAGUUUCUCUCAUGACCCCUAGUUUGGAAAACACUGGAAAAGGGUGUCAUUUGGGAUGCAGGCUAAGACUGUGUAUUAUUAUGGUACUUGAAGCACAGAUAUAUACAGGUAACUGCCAAAAUAAAGGAAACACUUGAGUAAAAGACAGAUACAAACUCUGUUGAAAGCAGGUGCCUCCACACAGGUGUGGUUCCUGAGUUAAUAAAGUAAUUAACUUCCCAUCAUGCUUAGGGUCAUGUAUAAAAACACCCAGUUGCCCAGUAUUUUGCCUACCAUGACUAGAAGAGAUAUGUGACUUUGAAAGAGGGGUCUCAAAGGAGCACAGGGGGUUUAAAGUGUGUGUGUGUCUCACACCCUUUAAAGCUGACAAGGUACAAAUCUGUCGUUCUGCCCCUGAACAGGCAGUUAACCCACUGUUCCUAGGCCGUCAUUGAAAAUAAGAAUUAGUUCUUAACUGACUUGCCUAGUUAAAUAAAGGUUAAAAAAAUAUAUAUAUAUUUUAAAUUCACCAGAUCUCCACCCAAUUGAACCCUUAUGGGAGAUUUUGGAGUGACACUACCAUUAACAAAACACAAAAUUAUGGAAUUUCUAUUGGAGGGAUGCGACACCAUUCCUCCACUAGAAAUUCCAUAAUUGUGUGUUUUGUUAAUGAUAGUGUCGCUCCAGACACUUGUAGAAUCUAUGCCAAGGUGAAUUGAAGCUGUUUUGGCGGCUCGUGGUGGCCCAUUAAGACACUGUUGGCGUUUCCUUUAUUUUGGAAGUUACCUGUAGCUAUAGCCACUGAGGUGACGAUUCUGGUACUACUAAACCUGAAUGGUUAGUGUGAAGACUGCAUAACCAUAUAAAGCUUUAGAGUUGAUUGUGUAUGGCUGUAGCUAAUGUUAUCUUCUGUUGAGUAAAGAACCCACAGAUGUGCAGAAACAGAUGUACUUUUAGACCAUCUAUCAUUUUGACAGUUGAAUGAUUGAUAAACAGAACACAAAUCUAAAUAAACAUUAUUUUUCUUAAAA